AUGGCGUCUUCCCAGAUCCUCUUCUCUCCCUUGUGCUUUGCUCUCAUCUUCUUCUUCUUCUUCUUCUCUCUUCCUCUCAUCGCCACCUCCAUUGGCAUCAACUACGGCCAGGUUGCCAACAACCUUCCUCCCCCCAAGAACGUCAUCCCUCUCCUCAAGUCCGUAGGCGCCACCAAAGUGAAGCUCUAUGACGCCGAUCCACAAGCCCUCCGUGCCUUCUCCGGCUCCGGCUUCGACCUCACUGUCGCCCUCGGCAACGAGUACCUGGCCCAGAUGCAAGACUCCGGCAAAGCCCGGGAUUGGGUGAAGCAGAACGUCCAGGCUUACCUCCCGGGCACCAAGAUCGUGGCUAUAGUUGUCGGCAACGAAGUCCUCACCUCCAACCAGUCAGCCCUCACGGCGGCCCUCUUCCCGGCGAUGCAGAGCAUCCAUGCCGCCCUUGUGGACUGCGGCCUGAACAAGCAGAUCUUCGUCACGACGGCGCACUCGCUGGCCAUCCUGGACGUCUCCUACCCUCCCUCCGCCACCUCCUUCCGCCGCGACCUCCUGGCGUCGCUCACUCCCAUCCUGGACUUCCACGUCAGGACAGGCUCCCCAAUCCUCAUCAACGCCUACCCUUUCUUCGCCUACGAGGAGAACCCCAAACACGUCUCCCUCGACUUCGUCCUCUUCCAGCCAAACCAGGGCUUCACAGAUCCUGGCUCCAACUUCCACUACGACAACAUGCUCUUCGCCCAGGUCGACGCCGUCUACCACGCCCUUGACGCCGUCGGCAUCAGCUACAAGAAAGUCCCCAUCGUUGUCUCGGAGACCGGAUGGCCCUCCAACGGCGACCCGCAGGAGGUCGGGGCUACCUGCGACAAUGCCCGCAAGUACAACGGGAACCUCAUUAAGAUGAUGAUGAGCAAGAAGAUGAGGACUCCCAUCCGACCCGACUGCGAUCUCACCAUCUUCGUCUUUGCUCUCUUCAACGAGAACAUGAAGCCUGGACCCACCUCCGAGAGAAACUACGGUCUCUUCAACCCCGAUGGAACUGCCGUUUACUCUCUUGGGAUCAAGACCUCCUCUGGCUCUGGUACUAGUACUAGCGGCUCCAAAAACUCCACCGGUGGAAGCAGUAGCAGUGGCGGUAACACUGGUGGCUCCUCCGCCGGCGGCGGUGGCGGCGUCUACACGCCUGGGAUCACCGAGAACCCUUCACCGGAUUACAUGUCCAUUUCUUCCUCCCCCAGGGAAAAAGGCAGAUUCGUAGAGUGUGUGUUCUUCUUCCUCAUGCUUUGCAUCAUCAAGCAUCGGCUGUAA